UAAAACAUGGCCUUUCUUGUGUUAGGGUUUAUGUAACUUCCUUUGCGAUUCAAAUAUCAGAACUCAGAAUUCAUGGCGGAUUGAAAUUUGAAGAAGAAGAAGUUCUUUGGUGUGAAUAGAAGAAAGAAAGAGAGUUGCAAUGGAAGAAGAGAUGUGUCCGCCAUUGCCGUUGAGUCUAUCUUCAACAACCGAAGUGGAAGAUUUCAGCCUAAAUUUCGCUUCAAUGUAUCAUUCAAUUUUCCCUCCAUUAUUAUCAUCCUCCUCUGUUCCAUCUUCUCUGUCAUUCACUCCCUCCCCCUCCUCCGCCGACGACGACCACAACCACCACUCCACCACCGUCGCCACUUCCACCACUGACGACCUCCUUUUUCAGGCCCGCCUCAUACUCCAACACCGUCACCUCCGUCACCGCCACGAUCUCUGCCUCCGCCGCCUCCAUCAAGUCGCUGAAGAUGCUGAUUAUCUCCGGCGGGAGAAUGCCCAGCUCCGGUUGGCCAAUGCCGAGCUCGUUAAGGUUAUUUCGUCGAAGUCGGUCGUUGACGAUCUCAUUUCAAUUCCGAAUUCCCAUCUCCGGUCUCUGAUUGGAGGCGACCAAAGUGGGGAAGAAAUUGGUUAUGAUAUAAUCAGUCCGACGAGUGUGAUUGGAAAAUACAAUGACCAGUUCGACGGAAGGAAUAAUCUCGGCCGGAUCUCUCUUCCGAAGAGCAUUUCCGUCCGCUCUCCUGCCGCCGCUUCAGUCAGCAUCCAAUCGCGUCCGGCAAGGACUCCAGUGAGCGAUGGUGGGAGCAGAAAGAGAGAAGUGGAGGCGACAGAAUGGGAGGUGUACAACCAAGGUAUGACCAAGACGGAGCUUUGCAACAAAUGGCAAGAAACCGGCGGCUGUCCUUACGGCGACCGUUGUCGAUUUGCUCAUGGACCUGAAGAGCUCCGACCGGUCAUGAGACACCCACGUUACAAGACACAAAUGUGUAGGAUGGUCCUCGCCAGAGAGAAGUGUCCUUAUGGUCAUCGGUGUCAUUUUCGCCAUUCUCUUAGCGAACAAUAAAAGACGAUGGCGACUGACAACAACCACAACAACACAGACAGAAAUCUACUUGAAGAAACGUAAUAAAAGAUCAGAAUUCAAUGAUAUUAGUACAAAUAAAAGGGAAAAAAAUUUACUUGCCUUUGCCUUUGUGUAGUGUAUAUAAUAAUGGCCUUAUAUAUAUAUAUUUGUUGUUGUUAUUAUUAUUAUUAUUUUGAUUUAUUUGUGUAAUGAUUUAAAUAUUUUUUUCCCUCUUUGGAAAUGAAUAUUAUAUAUGAUUCAAGUAUUGAAUUUGUACUGAUAUAGCAGAAAUAACAAAAAGAAUUAUGUAUGUAAA